CGGAGUUUGGCCGGUGGUUAGCUGGAGGAGGGCGGGAGGAGUCUCUGGACCUGACCGCGGUUCUCCCGCUCCCUAAACCUUCUCUCCUUCACUCAGAGAGAGAGUUUAUCUGUGAGGACAAACCCUCGAUCAGAGUAUCCAGCUCCUGGUCUUUAACCUGGAGCUUUUAUUCGAAUCUCAGUCCGGAUUUAACCCUAGCUAAAUGGAAGUUCAGCCGGUGUUGCAAUCAGGACAACGGGAGGUUAAUGGUCCAGCCAGUUUCGUGUACAGUCAUGCUGGAUGAUUAUGAUCCUGAAGAUCUCAGUCUAAAGACCAGCUUUAGUGCUGCAGCUUUGUACGUGUGAUCUGGAGGAUCCUGGUGAAGGAACCUGCUCUGAAGAUUGACAGUGCUGCCUCUGAUGGCGGACAACAUCCCAUCGGGGCUGCUGGAGGCUUGUGUGGUUGUUGGAGCAUCCAGUGAGAAUCUUAAGGAGUUAUACCAGGCUCAGCUGCAGGGUAAAGAGAAGGAGCUCCCCACGUUGGAAGCUGAAGUGUUGCAGGUCCACGCACCACCGUUUGUGUUUAAGGAAAGCGAGAAUGAUGGUCACGGGCACGCUCCAGCGUUUAGCAGAGUGCAGAGGAGACGCUCCUUCUUAAAGAAGAAGAGGGAGAGACCUGCUGUGUCCUCCAGCAAUGGGACCAAGACCAUCGAUUCCAGCAUCAGCAGUGCGGAUGAUCUCAGUGUUCCUAAAAACAUCGACCUCAUUGCUCUUCCUCAGCUCUGUUUUCCAGGUGGAUUGAUGGUAGCCACUGAGAAUCAGGACGACUCUUAUCACUUCCUUGUGUUUACGGAUGUCUUUGGGAAUCAGACGCAUGGAGUCGUGGUUCAGUAUUAUAAAUCCUUACAGUUUUCCCUGGAUGGCAGUGCACAUCAGAAUGGCGUCCGUUCCUCAAAACUCCCACGGCUAUACACAGCGUAUGGCAUCUGUGUCAUCUCUAAAUACCCAUAUUACAACGCUCUCAGAGACUGUCUGUCCUCUUUCCUGGUUCAGUUAAAGAACUGCCGGAUGAUUGACUUUGAGGAGCAGGUGAAGGAGUUCUCUGCCAAACUGGCACUGGUGCCCAUCCCACCACCCGGACAGCUGCAAGUGGCAUUUAACCUUAAACCCCUGGCGAUCGUGCUUCCUCCUCGAGAAGAAAUGGACCGGCCUGUGGUGGAUUUGGACCUUCAUCUACCAUUUCUGUGCUUUAGACCAGAGCAGAUCUUACAGGUAAUCUGCAGUAUCCUGACAGAGCAGAGGGUGGUGUUCUUCUCCUCCGACUGGGCAAAGCUCAGUCUGGUUGCCGAGUGCUUCAUGUUCUUCAUCCACCCGUUACGCUGGCAGCACCCCUUCGUGCCGGUCCUCUCUCGCCAGAUGCUGGACUUCCUCAUGGCUCCCACUGCCUACAUCAUGGGCUGUCACCUCCACCACCUGGAGGAAGUGGCUUCAGAAACUGAGGACCUGAUCCUGGUAGACAUUGACGAUGGAUCGGUCUCGUCUUCGUGUGAUGCAGACCUGCCAGAGAUGCCGCUGACUGCCAUGGAGUGUUUUAAAAGACGACUAGAAGGGCUGAAGAUGCACCAUGACCUGGAGUUGUGCCGGCACGGCAGCAGCUCAGAUUUGAGCGAUCUCCGGGCGCGCAGGAGGCAGUGGCAGCGCACACUCAACAUGGAAAUCCUCAACGUCACUCUUGAGCUCAUCGUUAACAUCUUCAGAGAUGUCCAUGACCACUUGAACUUUGAGCACCGAGUUUUUAACAGUGAGGAGUUCCUCAGGGCCCAGGAGCCAGCUGAUCAGCUGUUUUACAAAAAGGUUUUGGACACACACAUGUUUCAUUCUUUCCUGAGAGAACGUUUGAACAGGAAGAUGGAUGCAUUCUCGCGCAUGGAGAACAACACUCGCUCACAAGCUUACAGAACGAGGACCAUGUCUGAUUCUCCACGUAGGCCCACCAUGCAGGAGAUGGCACGCAAGUACACGGGUCCAGAAAACCGACUGAGUAAGAGGUUGGGCAUGAGUCUUCCAAACCUGCUGGAGGAGCGCGCUCUGAGCGGACCUAUCCGCCAGCUGUCCUUAAUGAAGAGCCCAUUACAGAGUGACAGAGCAGCCACAUACAGAGCAGGUUUCAAAUUUCCAUCAAAGCCGCUGAAGACGUUCAAACUCCCAGAAUUCCCUCCUCCACUGGCUUUUCACUAUGUCCAGAACUACUACCUUGACCUCAUUAAUCAGCUCAGUAAGGUAAUUUCUGUGGUGUCGCCGGAGGACUCCUCACUGCUGGCCCGCUACUACUAUCUGCGUGGUCUUGUGAACUCUGUGGCUGGUAAACGCUUAGACGCUCUGGCUGACUUCCAGAACCUGUACAGAACGGACACGGACAUCUUCCCAGUGGAUCUGGUGACGACUUUAGUGGACUCCCUGCAGCCCAGCGAGCGGACCUCGGCCGACCGGCGGCCGGAUCUGAAGCGGUUAAUCAGCAGGGUGAAGAAGAGCAGCGAGCAGGCGCGACUCGAGGACGGCGGCUCAGUGAAGAAGUUCGAGCUGCCGCGGACUCACAUGCUGGUGGAUGAUUUUAUACGCCGUGUGCAGGAAUCGGGCAUCGUGAAGGACCUGGGAACCAUCACGCGACUGUUUGAGGCUCUCACUGUGGGUGUGAAGUCUGCGGGGAAGCUUUCAGCCCAGUCUGUUUUUUACCUUGAUUCCUCUCCGAAUGGUCAGCUGAAGCAGGUGGACCCCGAGGUCUUCCGUUACUUCUACACCAUCUGGAAGGAGACGGAGGCUGAGGCCCAGGAUGUGGAUCUGCCCACCUCAGUUCUGGAACACUUGGAAACUAACGAGUGUGUGUACAAGGUCUCCACAUCGGUGAAGACCAGCCAUGGAGUUGGCAAGAUCGCCAUGACCCAGCGCCGACUCUUCCUGCUCACCGAGGGACGACCGGGUUAUGUGGAGGUGGCCAAGUUCAGGGACAUUGAGGAAGUGAAGAUAUCAUCUGCUCCUUUCCUUCUACUGAGAAUCCCCUCCCUGAAGAUCAAGACCAGCCGAAGGAGGGAGACAUUCGAGGCUAAUCUGAAAUCUGAGUGCGACCUGUGGCACCUGAUGAUCAAGGAGAUGUGGGCGGGGAGGAAAAUGGCAGAUGAACACAAGGACCCUCAGUAUGUACAGCAGGCUUUGACAAACGCUCUGUUGAUGGACGCUGUGGUUGGAUGUCUUCAGUCUCAGAAAGCUAUUUAUUCUGCUUCUAAACUGGCGUUCUUUGACAAAAUGAAAAAUGAAGUGCCUAUGAUGGUCCCCAAAACUACAGCUGAGACCCUGAAGCAUAAGAUUAACCCCAGUCUGAACCUGCCCUCUCCUCAAGCUGUCGACAUUCUGCUCUAUACUCCAGGUCAGCUGAGUGGAGUGAACUCAGAAAGCAGUGGGUACCCAAAACUGUGGUGUGCUCUGAGUGAUGGGAAGGUGGUGGUGUUCGACGCUGCCAGCUGGUCCAUGCAGCAGAACUGCCUUCAAGUGGGGACCUCCCGCCUGAACUGCAUGCUGGGAGUGGACCAUCAGCAGCUAUGGUUCGGCUCUCAGGACUCAGUCAUUUACAUAAUCAACCCGUACAGCAUGGCCUGCAAUAAACAGCUGACGGAGCACCGCGCUGAGGUCACGGGCCUCGCCCUGGAGGACAGGCCUGAAAAAUACAGCACGUUGGUGGCGUACUCGUGCAGUGCGGAGGGCACAGUGAUCUCGUGGGACGUGGCCACGCUGCAGGUGAGACGUCACUUCAGACUGGCCUGUGACCGACUGCAGUCUCUUCAGAUCCACGGCGGGAGAUUGUGGUGCGGUGCUCAGGACUGUGUGAUGGAGGUGCGCCGAAACGGCACCCUGCACCGUAAGAUAGCCCUUCCUGAUCACCUGCGGGAUUUUUCCAGCUCUUACAGCAGCUUUGUGCUCUUUAACGAGAGGGAGAUGUUGUACACAGGCUGCUUAAACGCAGGUGAGCUGUGCGUUUGGCACCUCAGUGACCUGAAGAAGCCCUUCCAGAGGAUCCAGCUGCCGGACUGUGCUGGUGUCAUCUGCAUGAUCAAAGUGAAGAACCAGAUCUGGGUUGGUUGCCAUGGCCACGGCGGCAGUAAAGCUCGUGGGAAGAUCUACGUGGUGGACUCAGAGCGCCACCUGGUGGAGAAGGAGCUGGUGGCUCAUUCUGACUCCAUCCAGACUCUGUGCUCAGCCGAGGACCGCUACAUCCUCAGCGGCGCUGCUGGACUGGAUGGAAAGAUUGCUAUCUGGAAGGUGGAGUAGAAGAAAAAGGAAGAAGAAGAAGAAGAAGAAGAAGAAGAGGGGAUCACUGCCAGCAGACUGAUAUAUGAAGGAUUCUGAGACGAUGCUGCUUCUCAGAAAAAAAACAUAAUGCAUCAGAAGGUCGAUAUGAAGGAUUUGAUUUAUUGUACUUGAUUUAGAAUUGGUAGUUAGUGUAGUUAGACUGUGUUCAGACUGCAGGCGAAUCGGAUUCACUUCUCAAAUCAGAUCUGGGAAUGACUGUCCACACUGUUAUUAGCAUGUGAUCAGAUUUAGAGUGAUGGAUGGAUGGAUGGAUUCAUUCUUCCUUCCUUCCUUCCUUUCUUUCUUUAUUUAUUUCUUAAUCGCAGAGGGAAAUUCUUCCAAUUCAAUAUGUAAUAAUAGAUGGAUUCUUUCUUUCUGUCUUUCUUUCUGUCUUUCUUUCUUUCUGUCUUUUUUUCUGUCUUUCUUUCUUUCUUGAUCCCAGAAGGAAAUUCUAAAAAUUCAAUAUGUAACAGUAGAUGGAUGGAUUCUUUCUUUUUCUUGUUCUUUCUUUCUUACUUACUUUCGUUUCUUCGUUUUUCUUUCUUUCUUUUUGAUCCUACAGGAAAAAUCUGAAAAUUCAAUUUGUAACGAUAGAUAGAUAGAUGGAUGGAUAGAUAGAUAGAUAGAUAGAUAGAUAGAUAGAUAGAUAGAUAGAUAGAUAGAUAGAUAGAUAGAUAGAUAGAUAGAUAGAUAGAUAGAUAGAUAGAUAGAUAGAUAGAUAGACAGAUAGAUAGACAGAUAGAUAGACAGAUAGAUAGACAGAUAGAUAGACAGACAGAUAGACAGAUAGAUAGACAGAUAGAUAGAUAGAUAGACAGAUAGAUAAGAUCAAUAAGAUCGGUUUCUGGCCUUCCAGACGAUCAAAAAACAAUCUGAAUACAAUUUAGAUAUAAUGCCAAAAAAUUAGGAUUUGAGCUGGCAGUCUGAACAUAGUCUUAUCACUGGACUAUCGUAUUAUCAGUAUUAAUAAACAGUGGGCUGCCAUAUCUCUAUUAUUUAGCAGCAGAGAGCUCAUAUAUUGUUUUAUAUUUAUGGAACUCUAAAUGUAAAACUCUGGGUUGUAAAUGUGUUGUGUUCUAUAUUUGUAUUUUAAUUAUCAUAUUGAUAUUCUCAUGUUUGUUUUGUAACAUUUUAUUUUGUUUAUACCGAAUAUAAAGGUGCUAUAUGUAUGGUUAUAUAUUGUUUUAAGUAUGGGCGUUUUCUUUUUAACACAUUACAGGAUCUUUUUUUUUUUUUGCUUUUUUAACAAAAACUCAAAGUAAACAAAUGCAACAAAACGUCUCUGCCGUUCUUAAAUAAAAUGGACUGCCUAUCCCAACAUUUACAUUUUUUCUGUUCUAUUCUGUAUAUAUUGUAAAGUUUCUGUUUUUAAAUAAAUCUGUAAAACACA